AUGUCGCUGACGCGGACGGCAAGCGCGGGCUCCGACGACGACGACCCGCCUCGCUGCUGCUCUCCCGCCGCAUGUCAGAUCUGGUGCGACCGAAGCAGCCGCGCCGCACGCGCAUUCAUCUGUACAUUCGUGUUCACGUGCACCGUCGUGUCGGCCCUCGUCAUCCUAGGGUGCCUCGUCGUCAAGCCGUACAUGCUCUCCAAGGACUUUCGGCCGACGGAGUGCAUGAAUCUGAACGUGACGUGGUGGGAGCGAUGGUGUUGCCUCCGCGCGCUCGUGCAGUAUUACGACGACCAGGGCGUCUCGCAUUUUGCUUACAUCAUCGAAGACGAGUAUUCGCUCUUAGACGGACACCACGCCGCGUGCUCCUACGUGUCGUGCAUGGACAACAUGGUGAACGCGUGGAAGCUGAAACACGGCGUGCUACUCACUCGAUUCGCCUGCCACUUCAACCCGUACAACUACAAACAAGUGAUGCGCCGCAAACGCUACAACGAGAAGAUGCUGCUGCAUUCGCUACUCUGGCCGACGGGCGUCAUCGUCAUCGGCGUCAUCGUCAUGGUCGUGCUCGUGCGCGUCGCCAAGCUGAACGUCCGAGGCGACAUCUAUCAUCCGGACAUCGAAGAGCGCGAGCUCUAUUUUCGACAGUCGAUAGAGACGAACAACCCAAUUAGCAGGGUGACGUGUAACCCGCUAGACAGACACUCGAGUCUCCCCGUCACUCGAGCGUCCAUCAAUCGACAGACGAGACAUUCGGAGAGCCAGCCCGCGCGCAAGAAGAAGUUGUCGUUCGCAGGGUUGCCGUCACGUUACAGCAGCCGCACGUAGUGUCGGGAGUAUCAUAUGACGUGUGACGGCCGGCUACGGCACACAGUGGCAGUGAACUCAAAGCAGCCGUAAAUAUAUGCGUAAACGUGUUCGUGCCGUGAACGUGUGUAAACUUACGCGUUCCGUAAAGUUAACCGUGCUGUAACUUACGCGUGACGUAAACGUGCAUAAACGCAAACGUGAACAAACGCAGGCGUGCCGUAAACUUACGUAUACGGGCGCGUGCCGUAAAGGUACGUAGACCGUAGGUGUGCUGUAAACUUACCGUAAACGUACCCUUACCGUAAACCCGAACGUACUCCUACACGUGCCGUAAACGUACCUUUACCGUAAACCCGAACGUACUCCUACACGUGC